AUGGGAGAUGAAAGCCCACGUAUCUGUCCUGGGAACAACAAAAUGCGCCAAGGCAUCUUUAGUCUCCAGAUGGAAAUAGCGCAAUUGGUGCACCAAAGCCCGAAAGCAACUACCACUCCCUUGGGGGGAGAUUUUGAUCGUCAAUCCAUUUAA